UUUCUUUUUUUGUUUUCUUAUAAAUGUUUUAAACUACUUCAAUGAACAGGAUGUUGAUAAGAAAGAAGAAACAUUUUUAACGGCUGCAGAGAAACGAUUGGCGCCAAAGUUCGGGUCACGGUUUCCUCGGGUGCUCUCCAUCUCCUUCUCCCAUUGGGCGUUACAGAGCAUUGAACAUUACUCUUCUUCUUCUUCUUCUUCUUUCUUUUAAACCCCCUUUUUUACUUCUUCUUUCUCAUCUCCUUUUCACCGUCUCCUCUCUCCAAAUCUCUCUUUCUUUUUCCAGAUUUUCCUUCUGGUUUCUUCAGAUUCUAUUCUUCCACCCUCAAAGUCAAGAUUCUCUCUUUCUCUCUUUCUCUAUUUAACUCUAGUUUAGUGUUUACCGAUCCCAACAUGGGCUACCCGGAGAAGCCUCAGAUGGACGGAGCUCUGGUGGACUCAGUAGACGGCAAGAGAUGGGUCGUCGCAGGAAUCGCUUUCCGGCGUCCACUGAAGCCAAUAUUCACCACCAACUCCGUUGAGAAAGUACAGAAGGACGACGGUGUUGGUGAAGAUGAUGAAUGCGUGACGACGCCGACAGCGGAGGAGGCCAGAAUUCCAGCGAUGCUGCCGUGCCCGCCGCCGCCCAGGAAGCGGAAGCCUUCUAGAAGGUGCAGUUACAAUGGUGGCGCCAGAGAGUUCUUCACUCCGCCGGACUUGGAAACUGUUUUCAUACGCCGGACGUGUUGAUGAGAUAGAGUAGAUGAUUGUUAAUCUAAUCCACUGAAACUAAACCUUUGAUUUUUCUUUUCUCAACUCUCUGAAGUCACCAUUAAUCGUGUCUCCUGUGUUCAAUUAGCUAGUGGUAGAUGGUGACAAUUAAUUAAUGGCAAUGGUAAGCUCAAGUCUUGAAUUAGAGUCGUGUGAGUCUCAGUUAUUUGUCUUGUCUAUUAAAUUCUGAUUAUGUAUUCGUGUCUCUUAGCUACUUCUUUACCUUUAAUGAUCGGAUGUGGCCAUGUGCAUAGUUUUAUAAAUAAGAAAACAUGGCAAUUCAUCGGCUUUAA